AUGCAGUCUGAGGGGCUCGCCGUAGACCUGUGUGAUAAAAUUGUGGCGAGGCAUCAGGAUCUGGGCAAGAAGAGUCACAGAGCCCCCAGAAAGCAGCUGGCCACUAAGGCUGCCCGUAAGAGCGCCCCGGCCACCGGCGGUGUCAAGAAGCCUCACCGUUACAGGCCCGGUACCGUGGCUCUUCGUGAGAUCCGUCGUUACCAGAAAUCCACGGAGCUGCUCAUCCGCAAGCUGCCCUUCCAGCGCCUAGUCCGUGAAAUCGCUCAGGACUUCAAGACCGAUCUGCGCUUCCAGAGCUCCGCUGUCAUGGCUCUGCAGGAGGCUAGCGAGGCUUACCUGGUCGGUCUGUUUGAGGACACCAACCUGUGCGCCAUCCACGCUAAGAGAGUCACCAUCAUGCCCAAAGACAUCCAGCUGGCUCGCCGCAUCCGCGGAGAGAGAGCUUAA